AUGCCUGCCUCAACUACAGGAUUCGGGAACUUUUUCCUGGACAGGACUUUGCCAUUGGCCGCGGGCUACCAGCCCCUGCUGCCCGGCCAUUUCCCUCCCGUGAGCGGCUACAGCUUCAUCCCGCUGCCUCACCCUGGACACAUGGCGCACAUGGCUGGUUCAUAUGACCUGAAGGCCGCCGCUCCGUAUCCCCAGGCUCUCCUGGCCCGGGCUGCACCGUACUACCCCCAGUACCGUCCUGCAGUUGCUGCCCACGACCCCAGCCGGGUGGCCAAGGCAGCCAGCAGGGAGAGCACUGGAGCUCUGAAGGCCUGGCUGAGCGAGCACCUGAAGAACCCCUAUCCCACCAAGGGCGAGAAGAUCAUGCUGGCCAUCGUCACCAAAAUGAGCUUGACCCAGGUCUCCACAUGGUUUGCUAAUGCCAGGAGGAGACUUAAGAAGGAGAACAGAGUGAGCUGGGCGUGCAAGGGCAAGAGCGAUGAGGAGGAGGAGGAAGAGGGCGAGAGUGAGGAAGAAGGUUCUUCUCCACAGAAAGAGCCAUGUUCAGAAGAUGAAGGUGAAGUUGAACCUCAGGUUGUGGAUGUGGAGGGCGAUUGCGUUGGAGAUGAAGAAGGUUCCAAGCCAGAGGAACUGAGCCAGAGAGACACUUCCAGCACUGUGGCUGAGAAGAAGAGCGAGGAAGAGUGCGUGUCUGCCAAUGAGCAGUGUAAGCACAGUGUUGAAGUCCAGAAACCCAAAAUUUGGUCCCUGGCAGAGACGGCAACUUCAGAACCAGUGGUGAAGUCCACUGACGUCAAAGUGUAUCCCAACAAUGGGCCAGACUUUGGCCAGUGGUGGGCAAACUGGGCAUCGAGGAGUGGCUAUUUACCUGCUGGUUAUUCUGCACAGGACUUUCUACAACAGAGUCGAUUGCAUUGUUAA